AUGGACUGCGGAACAUCUCUGGCCAAAUACAUACUCUUCAUAUUCAAUACCAUUGUGUCGGUUAUCGGCAUUCUGAGCAUUGUCUAUGGCGUGCUUAUCCUGCGUAGCAUUGGCACCAUUGAGGUAAAUGGACAGGUGGGCUUCCCCCCACAGGCCCUCAUGCCCAUCGUGCUUAUUGGCCUGGGCUCGAUUGUCGUUUUCAUCUCGUUCCUGGGCUGCUGCGGCGCGAUACGCGAAUCUGUGUGCAUGACCAUGAGCUAUGCCGUCUUCCUGUUGAUUCUGCUCAUCCUGCAGCUAACGAUUGUGGUGCUGCUGUACACGAACAAGGAUAAGUUUGAGGAUGCCAUGGGCAAGGUGAUCGAUCAGGCCUGGGAUUCGCGUGAGGCGCGUGAGGGUGGUGUCUUCGAUGCCAUACAGAAAUCGUUGAAAUGCUGCGGUCGUGCCUCGUCUGCUGAUUAUCUGAUCAAUCUGCAAACGCUGCCCGAAAGCUGCUGCGAGGGCAGCUGCCUGAACCCGGCCAACAUCUAUGGCGGAUGCCGCGCCAAGUUUGUGGACUUUAUGUCUGUCAGCACUGACAAUGCCAAAUAUGUGGCCAUUGGCCUGAUUGGAGGUGAGCUUGUUGGCUUCAUCUUUGCCUGCUGCCUGGCCAACAAUGUGCGCAACUAUAAGCGUCGGAAUGCAUACUAAGUGCAGCCACAAAAUACACACACACACACACACACACAUUCUCAUUUAAUCUUUAUCGUCGUUGAACGCACACACACCCACACCCACACACGAAACACUCGAAAGGAGCAGCAGCAGCUCUUUGAAGUAAACCAUUUGGGUUGAAAAUAAUUAAAUUAUUUGUCAAAAAGUAGACAUGGAAAAUGCUUAGUCUAAGGCGAUAAUGAAAACGCUUACACAAUUUUUAUAUAUGUAUAUCCUAUUCGCCUUUGUACAAUCCACACACACACAAACAACAUGUUGAACUUGAGCCGAGCGAAAACCAAGCGAAAAGAGAACACCAUUGAAGGCAAUUGAAACAUUUUUUGUUUUGUUUUUUGUUUUAACUGUUGAAAGAAGAAAGAAAAGCAAGAAAAAGCCCGCUCCAAAUGAAAUAUUAAUUAUCUUUAUAUAAAAGUUAUUAAAUAUACAACACAAUACAUACACACAUAUGUGUAUGUAUAUGUACACUGUUCCAUUCUAUUCAUA